GCUAUCUUGCUUCAAUACGGCACAUCCAACCUCAUAUAUAUUGUUGUACUAUUGUAAAUAAGUGACUUUUAAGAUAUUUUUAAAUAUUAGAAAAUAUAUAAAAAGCAUUCCAUAUCAACGACGAUAUGCAAUAACGUUGCAUUAGUUAUGCAUUAGUCUUUGUUCAUAAAUCUAUGAACUUAUUGAAGUUAAUCUAAUCGUUAUUCGAAUCGUAAGUAAUUAAAAACAAAAUAAAAGAUUUUGUACGGAGUAUAUCGGCACUUGAUAAGCGGAACAGUUUCAACGCCGAUGGAGCCAAUUUUGCUUGUGCACGGUGGUGCUGGUAACAUAACCGAUGCUCGAUGCCCGGGAAAACUCACUGGUAUGAAACAAGCUUUACGUGUCGGUAUUAAGCAUUUAAUACCUAAUAAUGAUCUAAGUGAAGGCAGCGCUUUAGAUGCAGUAGAAGCUGCUGUAGGAGUCAUGGAAAGUGAUGGAAAUUUUAAUGCUGGUUACGGUGCCUGUUUAAACUUCGAGGGCAAAGCGGAAGUGGAAGCUAGUAUUAUGGAGGGUAGUGAAUUAAAGGCAGGUUGUGUAACCCUAUUGCACGAUAUUAUGCAUCCCAUAUCUGUUGCGCGCUGCGUUAUGCAAAAUACAAAACAUACGUUUUUAGGAGGAGAGGCAGCACAAAAAUUUGCUUUAGAACAUGGUUUUGAACAAUUGCCAGAGAAUUCCUUAAUCACUGAAGAUGCUCGUUUGGCCUUGGAAGAAUUUAAAGAACGCCAAGCCAGCGGCUUGGAUACCACUUUCGCCCGCACUGAGCUGGAUGUCAAGCAAGAUAGCGGUGAACAAGAGCCAGGUACGGUUGGUGCGGUAGCUAUUGAUUGCAACGGUAAUAUAGCAGCGGCUACUUCUACCGGUGGUAUUACUGGCAAAGUAUCUGGUCGUAUCGGUGACACUCCUCUUUUGGGUUGUGGCACAUACGCCGAUAAUUUGCAAGGCGGUGUUUCUACAACCGGUCAUGGAGAAACUAUAAUGCGUUUCAAUUUGGCACAAAAAAUUAUGUCUAAAAUACGUUACGAAGGAAAGACCGCACAAAUAGCCACUGAGGAGGCUUGCAAAGAAAUGACGGAACGUUUGACUGGCACAGGAGGGGCGAUAACAAUCGACGCGCAUGGCCGGUUAGGAAUAUAUUGGACUUCACAUAGAAUGGGUUGGGCUUAUGUUAAAAAUGGCGAAAUAUUCUAUGGCAUUGAUCACGGCAAACAGUUUAAAGAGCAAUUAUAAAAAAGAUUAUAGCUUUUUUUAAUAUUUCUUUAUAAAAAUAUAUUGAUUUUAUGACAGGUCCAUUAUGUUUCUUUUAACCAAACAAUGCA